AUGCCCCACGCCGGAGACGUGCGAUGGGUGCCGGCACCGAAGGCAGUGGUACAGAGUGACCUCUUCAUCGUGAGGUGCUUGGAUAACAUCCUGAGCCUCAUCUUCAAGGAGGAAGGCUUUUCCAUGGCCUGGGCCAUUGAUGAAUUCGAGAAGACCGUGUCCACCGAGUUGGACUUCCGCGAAGAAGCCCAACAUGCAGAUCGUUGCCGCGCCUUCUUCCGUGCGCAUCGUGGUAGCGGAAAGCUUCGCGGCGGGCGCAUCGUGGUGCCCGGAAUUCACCACGACCUCACAACGCAGCGGGUGCUGGUCAUGGACUUCUCCCGCGGGCUGCCCAUCGCGCGGCUGACUGCCGCGGUGCGGAAGUGCCGCGAGGGAGGAACGACCGAGUUGACCUGGGAGGAGGAAAGAGCUGCAGAGGCGGCGCCCGAGGCCGCGCGGCUUCUGGCCGAGGCCUUUGGGGCCAUGUGCUUCUCAGAGGGCUUCCUGCAUUGCGACCCGCAUCCAGGGAACCUCUUGGUGGAACUUCCGCAGGCCGCCGAGGCAGCUGCGUCAUCUGUGCGGCUGGUGAUUCUGGAUCAUGGGUUGUACUGCGAGCUCUCCAACGAUCGGCGGCAAGCGAUGUGCGAGCUGUGGGAGGCCAUGAUCCUACAAGACUCGAAUCAGCUGAUCUCCAGUAGCCACCGGCUGGGGAUUGAUGAGGCCACCGCCGAGUUGCUCCCGCUGUAUUUCACCAAUCGCUCCAUGUCGACCUAUGCAGGCCUGGGGCAGCCCAUCACACUUGAGGAGAAGGACAGAUUGAAGCAGCAGCUCCUGGAAUCAGGUGUGCUUCCUGAGGGUGGAGGUUCGGUCGCGAUGGCUGGGCUAGCCCUGCUAGCAGACCGCCUCCCUGCAGACUUUCUGAUGGUGAUGAGGACCAUGCAUUUGGUGGCCGCUCUCCAUCGUGACCUGGGGGGCACCGCUGCGGAGCGCUUCGCUUGCUAUGCGGCGGCUGCUUCGCACGGGCGAUGGGAGAGGACCGGUUGGAUGAACGCAUGGUUCCAGCCACGCCUCUUUCACCUGCGCUGGAGCCUCAAAGAGGCCGGGAUGAAGCUCCACGCCCCACAUGCGGGACGUGAACACUUCUCCAUUGCGCGAUGCCUGGCUGAGCUCGGGAACCAGCGAGGAGAAAAAGCAGCGGCCGAUGCGCUUCACUCCUCGGCCGGUCUCGCUGGUCACUCCUCGGCAGUUCGCUGCGUUCCGGACUUGUUAGGCACGUGA